UAGCGAACUGUUGAACAGUGCGCAGGUGAAUUGCGAUCGCGCGCGCGCUCUUUUCCAAGCCAAUUGUACACCCCUCCACACACUCCCCAUCAUUGGAUUCCCACCCAAGCACCCGUGCACGUUUCAGACUCUGUCAGACUUUUACUCUCGCGCUCGGGACAAAAGUCUAUGCGAUUUUCUAUUGUGUAACUCUUUCUUUGCACCUCAGCAGCGCCUCUGGAGUCGUUCGGACAUCAUCUGUCGCGUGACACAAUGUGUGGUGAUCAGUGAAGGAAGUGCCGAAAGUCCCCAUUCACGCGAUCGAGAGUGUGGCGCAUCUGCCGUGGCCGCGAGGCGAAAAUUGAGGGAGUUUUCUCCGUGAUCGAGAGAGAACAUUUCACUGGCAUCCGGAUACAGAGAAGCUUUGCAAAAUGACCAGCGUGGAAGUUCGCGGUGGUUACAAGUACUUCGGGAGUUCUUCUGAUCCCCACAAGAAGAUCGUUCUCAAUCAUUUGGACAUGACCGUUGAGACGGGAACGAUAUAUGGAUUGUUGGGAGCUUCUGGAUGUGGAAAGACCACACUUCUCUCUUGUAUUGUGGGCGUGAGGAAGCUCAAUGCGGGCAAGAUCAACGUCCUGGGGCGUCCACCUGGCGUGCCAGGUUCUGGGGUUCCUGGUCCGCGCAUUGGUUACAUGCCACAGGAAGUUGCCCUCGUGGAUGAAUUCACCAUCAAAGAAACUCUAUACUACUUCGGUCGCAUCUACGGCAUGAGUGAAGAUCGCAUCUAUGAGCGAUUCAAAUUGCUUCACGAGUUACUGGAACUGCCGGAUGCCAACAGGUUCAUUGUGAACUGCAGCGGAGGUCAGCAGAGGCGUGUCUCUUUUGCCGCCGCCAUGGUUCAUGAACCGGAACUCCUGAUCCUCGAUGAACCCACUGUCGGUUUGGAUCCAAUUCUGCGAGAGAAGAUCUGGCAUUUCCUCGUCGAGAGCACACGGAGCAGCAAAUUGGCCGUGAUCAUCACCACUCAUUACAUUGAGGAAGCCAAUCAGGCAAACAAAAUUGGACUCAUGAGAAAUGGAAUUUUACUCGCUGAGGACGCGCCUAGGAAUAUUCUUACGCAAUUCGAUUGCUCCUCCUUGGAAGAUGCCUUUCUGAUCCUGAGUCAGAAACAGGGAAAGUCUGAAGAGGCUGAUUCGACCCUCAAGCGUGUCACUCUGACCCCCAAUCAGCCAAUCGAUGUGGUGACGGACGAGAAGGCAAUUGAGGAUGGGCCCAAAAAAAGUCCAUUGAAGCGCAAUCGCUCCUUCCAGGAGUCCAAGCGACCAGGAAUCGCAGGGAAAUUACACAUCACCUCCAAGAGUCGCAUGAAAGCCCUCAUGACGAAGAACAUCCUGCAACUGAUUCGACAGCCAAGUGGUAUUAUCUUCUGCUUCCUAUUCCCCAUCCUCCAGCUCUCAUGUUUCUACCUGGCCAUCGGUGGCAAUCCGCGUGACCUUCAGCUGGGCAUCGUGAAUGACGAAAUAGAUGAUUUUCGAGUGUGCCAAAAUGAAUCCCUGAUCACCACCUUUGCCCAUGACUACACGUGCGAUCUGUUCAAGAUCUCGUGUCGCUUUCUGCACGAACUCACGCCGGACAUCGCCAAGAAGGUGUACUUUGAUACCAAAGAUGAGGCCCACGAUGCCGCCAAGAGAGGAAAAAUCACCGGUUACAUACACUUUUCCCGCAACUUCACCGAAUCCAUCGCUGAGAUUCGUGACGAGGGACGACAUGCAGCCAAUGAGUCUUUCUAUAAUGGGGAAAUUCAGAUAUUCAUGGACAUGACAGACCAGCAAAUCUCCUUCUUCCUGGAGAGAAAACUCAGAUCGACGUAUCACAAAUUCUCAGAGAACCUCAUGACCGAUUGUGAAUUGCCUGUGGCCCUGGGAAAUAUUCCCAUUCACUUCCACGAGCCCAUCUUUGGCUACGCCGAGGGAGAGUUCAAGGAGUUCAUUGCUCCAGGAAUUAUUAUGACGAUGGUAUUUUUCCUCGCCACUCUCGUUACAUCCACAAUUUUCAUCACCGAUAAACUGGACGGAGUCUGGGAUCGCACUCUAAUUGCGGGAAUAUCUGUAACUGAGCUUUUGGUGGCGCACGUGAUCACACAAUCUGUGAUCAUGGUGAUCCAAUGCCUUGAGGUGGUUUUCUAUGCGGCCUAUUUCUUCAAUGCGGAAAAUCGUGGCGACAACGUCACAGUAAUUGGUCUCCUUACUCUUCUGGGAUUUGCUGGGAUGCUCUUUGGUCUCUUAAUUUCCAUCUUCUGUGAAUCCCACACGACAGCAAGUUUCGUGGCCACUGGCAGUUUUUAUCCCAUGAUUAUCCUUUGCGGACUUCUGUGGCCACUCGAGGGCAUGCCAACUAUUCUACGGUACAUUGCCUACACCUUCCCCUUCACAAUACCAUCCCUUGCCGUCCGCAACAUUCUGUCGAAAGGCUGGAGCAUCACUCACAGCCAAGUGGCGAAUGGCUUUGGCGUGGUGAUUCUAUGGAUUGUGGUGCUCUUCAUUCUCUGCAUCAUGGGCCUCAAGAUGAAACGCUAGACGCUUCUAAUCAUUGUUCUCAGUGUUUUCCGCACGUGCGUAUCAUAUUUCUCUUCAGAGUGUGUGUGAAAGUUUUGUGAAGCUAUUGUGAUUCUCAAUUUUUUUUUUAAUUAUACCACUGCGCGAUCUUUUCCGCUGCAGAUGUAAAUACAGUACAUAAGUUGUUGGACUUAGUGAUUAUGGGAUGCUUAUACCUUCUUCUGUUUUUAAUCUGUUAAGUGAGAAUAGACAAGUAAGAAGUGAAAGGAAAUGUAUAUUAAUAAAAUUGUAAAGCUA